AUGGCUGGCAAGAAGGCAGCCACCCUGCUCGUGAAGCUGCUGAGCACCGCGGGGACUGGCUAUUUCUACGUGGCCAGGAAGAACCCUCGCAAGCUGCCACAGAAGCUGGAGUUCGUCAAGUAUGACCCACGGGUGCGGCGACACGUCUUGUUCACUGAGACGAAGCUCAAGUGA